AUGAAUCUGGAAAACCAAAACGGUCAACUGGAUGAGGAAGACAAGCCGAAUAACAACGAACGCCCAAAUAAGGACAGUAAAUAUGCCCGCUGGAGUUUGUACCUCCGGCAGAUUAUCAGCGGGAGUCAGAAUACCAGGACACAACAGGAGGUGGUGACUCUGAAUGUGCUGCUGGUGGGAGGUCCCCAAACCGGGAAGAGCGCCGUCGGAAACGCCCUGCUUGGAAGCCUGGAAUUCUCCUCCUCCCUCUCGAGCCGACCCGUGACACUGGAACCAAAGCUCUGCAGCUUGAGCUUCCCUGCGUUUCUACGGCGACAGGGUAAAGAAACAGCGCUGCGUCUCAGGGUGAUCGACACCCCAGCGAUCCCGAAUCUCGCCCUGACUGAAGCAGAAAUACUGCAAAAUGUGACGACCUUCAUGUCACACAGGUCGGUAGAGAGCGUUGAUGUGUUGUUGCUGGUGCUAAGAGCAGACGUCCCACUGGGGAGAGAGGUGGAAAAUCAACUGAAUCAUACUCUUGAGGUCCUGUUGGGUCCAUCAUGGAACAGUCACUCCAUGAUAAUUCUCACUCAUAAAGAUCAACUGCGGGGCUCAAAACUCAGCCAAACUCAGUUUUUACAGAGGGGGUCGUCAGUCACGCAGAGGUUGGUGGAGAAGGUGGAGAACAGGGUCUAUUUUGCUGACGUCUCCACCAAACAUGUGUGGCAGGAAGGCACGAAACUGAGAGAAAGCAUACUUCAGCUGACUGUCAGGAACAAAUAUUCUUCCUUACAGCUAAAACAAGUCACCAUACCGUAA